UUAACUGGACUGAUCAAUGUGGGUAGUGUGGACUGCCAACAGUAUCAGUCUUUUUGUACCCAAGAAAAUGUUCAAAGAUACCCUGAGAUAAGAUUUUUCCCCCAAAAGUCAAAUAAAGCUUAUCAGUAUCAUAGUUACAAUGGUUGGAAUAGGGAUGCUUACUCCCUAAGAAUCUGGGGUCUAGGAUUUUUGCCUCAAGUGUCCAUAGAUUUAACACCUCAGACUUUCAAUGAAAAAGUUUUACGAGGGAAAAAUCAUUGGGUGGUUGAUUUCUAUGCUCCUUGGUGUGGACCUUGCCAAAAUUUUGCUCCAGAGUUUGAACUCUUGGCUAGGAUGAUUAAAGGAAAAGUGAAAGCUGGGAAAGUAGACUGUCAGGCUUAUGCCCAAAUAUGCCAGGAAGCUGGCAUCAGAGCCUAUCCAACUGUUAAAUUUUAUCAGUAUGACGGAACAAAGAGAAAUAUUUGGGAAGAGCAAAUAAAUACCAGAGAUGCAAAAACAAUUGCUGCCUCAAUUUAUAGAAAAUUGGAAAUUCUCCAAAGUCAAGGAAAGAGAAAUAAGGAUGAACUUUGAUGAUGUUGAAGAUGAAGGAGAAAAAUCUGAAAAAUAGCAUCAGAAGAUACAUUUUUAAGAAUGUUAACUACAUUCGUGGUGAAAAUAAAUGAACUUCGUGGUGAAAAUAAUUGCACUGCCCAAACUCUGCACAACAUUGCUAUAAAUGAAGGGUCUGCAAACCUUUAUGUAAAGAUCCAGAUCAUAAAUGUCUUAGGCUUUGUAGACUAUAUGGUUCUCUAUUACAUCUUCUUUGUUGUUUUGAACAAAUCUUUUAAAAAAAUAGAAAACCAUUCUUAGCUCAGGGCCAUACAAAAAUAUUCCACAGACCAAAUACAGUUUGUGGGCCUCGCUUGCUGACCCCUAGAAGUGAUGUUUUGGGUUUGGCUCUACAAUGCAUCUGUUCUGCUAUCCUCUUUAUGCUGAAAAGAGUAGGGUUUUUUUUUGUUUGUUUCUUUGGUUGUAUUUUGGUUUUUUGGUUUUUUUCCACUUUUUUGUGGCUGGUGUGGUUCAGUUACCUGUUCUCAUAAAAAUCCUAUCUCAGACCAUCUAUUUCAUUACAGAUAUAUACUCAUGAUAUAGCAAAAUGAACAGAUACCCUCCCUGUUUUCAUAUUAUAAUACAGUAAGGAGAUUCUCCAUCUUUUAAAAGUUGAAGAAAUGCUUUUAAUAUUUCACAACUUGAGUUUUUGGUUUUCUUAUUUGGGUUUUUUGUUUGUUUGUUUUGGUUUGGUUUGGCAACAGUAAGCACAAAUUCCCUAAAGACUGCUAUAUCAUCCAGAAAAAAUUGAGGGAAAAAUAUUUACCGCAAUUAAAUAGGCAUUGUAGAGUAUCCUAAUUAUAUUGAGUAUUUAGAGUUGCUUUAAGUAUUUUAAAGAUAUAUGUUCCUUUAUUUUCUGAAACCACUUUUAAAAUAU